AUGCCGCCUCGUCAUUCGCUCAAGAAGCACGACACGGCCGCCGAGUCGCGUACGCUCAAAUCGCGUCGCCAACGCACGACGACGCAAAUUUGCAAAGAAAAACGUCAUGCUAUUGUACAGACUAAACGGCGUCUUAUGUCAGUGGAUCAGACGCCACUUACAGGCCGUAGUAUCAUUGAAUUGGUUCAGAUCCUUGGGGACACGACAAAUGCAUCAGCUCGUACGAAUCAGACGCGGUUUGAGACACUUCAAGAGAUUCGCGUCCUAUUGGCAGAACAUGAGAAGGAUUACGAGCACAUUGAGCAGAUCAUCGAGUCAGGGAUUGUACCGGUUCUGGUGAUGCUGUUAAAUUCAGCAUCACCACUGGAGAGUACUACCCGAAUGGGUGGAGAAGUUUAUCGUGAAAUAAUGUGGUGUCUUAUCAACAUUACUAGUGGUCAAUAUGAGCACACAAAAUUAGUAUUACCGGCAGUACCUCGACUACUGGAAUUUUUACAAGGUUCGAAUCAUUCUUUAACUGAACAUGCUGCUUGGGUGCUGGGUAACAUUGCUGCAGACUGCAACGAGUUUCGUCAACAGCUUAUUGCCAAUGGAACGGUGAUGCCAUUGGUGAAGCUAUUGACCAAUCCUAGUAUGGAAGAACUGGCUAAAAUUAGUGCAUGGGCGCUGUCAAAUUUGGCUCGUGGAUUCGAGAUUUCAGCCAAACCUUUUGCUGAUGCUGGUAUCAUUCCAGUCGUGGUAAAGGGAUUGUCACAGCCUAGCUCAGGUGCUACUUUUAGUGAAGAGAUUGUAGUGGAAAUUGCGUGGUUGUUGAGUUUCUUGACGGCACGUGAAGAAGCUUUUUUGAAGCUGAUGUUGGAGAAUGGACUGGUGGAAUUGCUAUUGCCGUAUUUUUCGACAACAAACGAGCGAUUGCUGACCCCGCUUCUGCGCGUGUUUGGCAAUAUUUGCUGCGGUUCACCGGAUCAAGAUCACAUGGACGCAUGGCGAAUGCCAUAUGUCCGUCGUUUAUUGUGUACGGAUUCGGUAGUUUUGCCAAAGUUGCGUGAUUUCUUGCAGCCGCAGCAAGCAGGAGUGCAAGAGAAAUCUUUAGCGGCUGAAGCAGCAUGGGUAGUUUCCAACUUGGCGGCAACGGAAGCGACUAUCGUGGAACUGCUGAUUCAGGCACAAUUACUUCCGCUGCUAGCCCAUCAGUUUAAGGAUGGCAGCUACGAGGUACGUCGCGAAGUGGCAUUUGCACUCACCAACAUUGCAUUGACCAGCGCAGGACACAUGGAGGAUGUGCUGGCACUGGAUGUUGUAAAAGGUUUUUUGCAUCUGCUCACCGUCGCUGAUGUUGCCAUCGUCGGUAAUUCACUUCGCUUCAUUGAAAACGUGUUGCGUGUGGCGCCUCAAGGAGUGUCACUUGUUGAGGCGAACGAGGGUAUUGACGCACUAGAGACCGUACAGUUCGAAUGUGGCGAGGAGCAUUUAUCCGAGUGGGCAGCCGCGCUAGCGAACGAGUUCUAUGGAGAAAAUUACGGCAUCAACUCGCCGCCGAGUACUGCUCAAGUACCUACUGGUUUCGGUUUCCCAUCAGAAGACCUCGGUCAAUUGUCAUUUGGUGCUGGUCAGCAAGCACCAGCUUCAGGUCCUGGAGGUCGAGGUCGUGGAGCACAUAUGACCACACCUGCGUGGAAGAAGUAA